CCCGCACUUGACUUUGCCCUGAUCACGAUUCCCUGGGUGCAGGCAUUCUGGGUGGCAAACUGGCCAUUGAAUGGUCAAUCAUCUGCAGCGAUGGGUGGAUGCACACCUUCGCAACCGUGCGCGCUGUCUCUUGAUCAUUCAUCGUUGAUGAUUGAUUCCCAGUGAUCGAUCGGCCAUUCCCUCUUUCUUACUGCAUUACCAACGGCCUCUGGCUUCAUAUCAACGAACCACUACAACCUCGAAUUCUGUCACAGUUUCGUCUGUUCCCGUCUCGACUCUCCACAAAGCGAUCUUAGCUCUCUAGGCAUCGAGUGGUUGGCUCCUGGACGACCAGGGCCAGCGGUGCCCGCUUGCGGGCAUCAUGGAGAGACGGAGUAGCCAGGACGGCCAUCAACGCACUCCCAUGGACACAAGGCCAGACAAUCCGAACGUAUUUGACGAUGAAUAUGCCGUUAGACCGACCGACCCCGUUUCCCAAAGGAGCCUAAGUCCUCAGGAGGCUCAAUUUCGAGCCCCGCCCACUCCCACAGGAACCGAGCGGUUAUCAAGUCACCGGAGAAGAUCUACCACCCACAGAAGAGCAAUCGACACGGAAGAGACAUUACCGAGAAAUAGCAUUGCGAAAGCACUAGAUGGGUAUCUCGCGCCCGGAUCCGAGAGUACACAAUCACCCGGACGCGGCAUAUCACGACCUUCGGCACCACAACGAUCGGAGAGCGCUGCAUCACUGUAUACGAAUCGGUCGUCGAACAUUUUCGCGCGGGAAAGUGGCAUCGAUCCCCCAGCAAGCGUAGUUAGGGGUCCGAUACAUCGCACACAGGCGUCAAUCGGACCGGACUCGGGACCAAAUCAUCCGUAUGGCCUGUACCAGCAGAAUGUAUUGCCUGUAGCGGACGAUACCGCUCGAUUCGAUCAACCGGCCUCUAUUCCGAUCGGUUUCCCGGGCACCGGACAGACUUUUAGCCGUAGAGUCGGCCCAGAUGGUGAAGAGCAGGAUAUUGUAGGACCCGAUGGCCAUACCGAACAGCUCCCUCCAUACUCCAGAUAUGCGGAUGAAGCUUACGCAAAGGUCGCCCCGCCAGGGAAUCCACCGACUCCUGAAGCUGAAGCAGAAUCUUCCAUGCAGGCUCCUAUCACCCGGGUGUCCAUCGCCCCGGACGCCGAUAUCCCCGCCAGUCCUCGGUCAUCUCAACGCCAUUCUACACAGACAAGCCCGGAACCUGAUCUAGAACUACAGCCACGGCUUGGAGGAUCGUCAACAUCUUCUGGAUCAUCCGUCGCUGCGGAGAAGUGUUGGAAAGAAAAAAGCUGGCGAGAGAAACGGGAAACACGAGUGUGUGGUGGGAGAGUCCCAAUCUGGUUACUCUGCGGGUUUGCCUGUGCCAUUUUCUUGACCGCACUCAUCACUGGAUCUGUUUUAGGCGGCUUCAUUGCUGGCAAGAAGAAGGAGAGCGGUGUAACUCCAUCCAUCGUCACGGUGGUCACAACCCCCACCAUAUUUGAUAUUUCGGUGAUAGCCACUCCAACAUCAGUCCCCAUGAUCCAGGCCGGGACAUAUCCCUUCCCUUUGAGCGUCUCCCCGGAGUCAUCGCAGCGAAAUUGCCUACCUGAUACGAAUCAGGUCAGCGCGUGGAGCUGCGACUACACCGGGCCUCCAAUUCGUAUGACCUUCCAGCCUAUGGCCGGCAGCAACUACCCCGGUGUGUCAAUUUCUCCGGGCACAGAUGAUACCGCGGUACCGCAUGUGGAGUAUGGACAUCAAGCCCCGCAAAUCGGCCCGCAACGCCUCCUUCUCGUCUCCGACCUGAACGAGCCGUCUCGGGGCGCCGCGUAUCAUUUCCAGGCGACUUACGAUAAGAUCGUCUUGCUAAAAGAAAAGGACCUCACCGCGUCGCUAAACGCCCGAGACGCCGAGGCAGAGCCCGAAUUAUGGGUGGGCGAUGGCGGGGGUCGGCGAUCACCUCCCUUCCACAGGACGGCUGUCGUCCCCGGCGAAGACCUCUGGGUUUGCGUGUGGAAUCGGACGUUUAUCGAAGCCUUUUUCUACGUCAACUCGGACAGCAGCGCCGCUUCAUCAAAGCCCAGCAGUGCUUCUACGACCAUCACCUCGCUCCCUUUCUCUUCGGACGAAGCUCCAUCGCCUACACCCGUCGCUAGCGUUGUCACCGGAGACACCCACCCGGACCCCACAAGCGCCUCCGCUGUAUUCCUCGCUCACGCUCGGGAUCUCGAUAGCACUCUUACCGCGUUCCCGUCAGCAAGUGCCAACUGGCUGAGCCCCCGCGACGACCCUGCCUUAGGCACGUCCUCGGCCCCUCCUACAUCCUCCUCCUCCUUCUCCUCCUCAUCCCCUUCCGCAUCCCCCUCCUCUGUGAUUCACCCCUUUUUCCCCAAAGUCGUGCGCUUUGAAGAACGUCGUCUACCCCGAGGUGGUCAAAAACCGUCGCCCUACUGCCAGAGAGCCAGACGCGUUGAAAGCUCGGCUUUCACCACCUCUCCGUCGCUUGGCGGCCUGGCCGGCGUCAAACCGGUGCAUGACGGCAACGGGAAACCGAUCAUCAUCUAUCUGAACGAGACGGAGCCCUCGUAUGACGAAUUUCUCAACCCGACGCCGGCAGUGACGGCGAUAGCACAGCAGGCAGGGGAAGCGGUGAAGAGGUGGGAAGGACUUGUCCCUGAGGGGGAUGGAGAGUCAGUCGAACUGAGGAAGAGGGACGAGCCGCCGGGCAGCUGCCAUUGUCAGUGGCUCGCUUCGUAGACCUUGACGGCCGCGCGUGAGUAAUUGAGAUAUAAAUUUGGGAGACAUAUGCAUGGCUAUCGACGGCGUUCCAUCAAUCUUGACCGUGGACUUGUCACGAGCUCCGGAGUUCAGCUAGGUACUGCUUCGGUUUCCGGGAUCUCGGCUGGCGUAAGGAAUUUCGGUUGGAAGAUGGUUAUUAUGUAGCGGUCGUUAUGAGGGAAAAGAUUGUGAUAUGACGAGAAAUGAAGCAUCUGAGUCGCCUUGCAAUUUCGAUCGGGGAUAGGCAAAUCGCCUUGCAUUUCAUAAGCCAUAUUAUAUUUAUACACACUUUUGAAUAUAGCGAAUGUACAAACAGAUCGGACGGAAUUUUUUCUGUACUCGUCCAUAAAUCCAGAAAUCCCAUA